UGCAUUGAGAGCAUGGAGUCUUAACCACUGGACCACCAGGGAAGUCCCUCAAAGGGUUUUAAAGCCCAAAGCACAUUAGAGAUCUGAUUAUAACUUUUAUGUAAGACAAACACAAAACUGUGUGUGUUCCGUAAAUUGAAAGUUUUAUGUGGCUUUCAUUUGGUGGGGUUUGUGGGGUGAUGGGACCACCUGUUACUGUCUUGAUCUUAUCAGAGGGCAGAAGAGAUCAAGCCUUAAAAGAGAGAAAACAAGAACCUCGCUCUCAUUUCUGAUCUUCAGACAAUAUGGCGUUUAUCCAUGCUUCUCUUUGUGAGGAUAAAAAUCCAUAUAUAUGGGCUUCCCUGGUGGCGCAGUGGUUGAGAGUCUGCCUGCCGAUGCAUGGGACACGGGUUCGUGCCCCGGUCCGGGAAGAUCCCACAUGCCGCGGAGCGGCUGGGCCCGUGAGCCAUGGCCGCUGAGCCUGCGCGUCCGGAGCCUGUGCUUUGCAAAGGGAGAGGCCACAGCAGUGAGAGGCCCGCGUACCGCAAAAAAAAAAAAAAAAAUCCAUAUAUAGGCAUACCUCAGAGAUACGUACAGAUGUAGAUAGAAAAGUUACGUUUACACUAUACUGUAGUCUGUUAAGUGUGCAGUAGCAUUAUGUUUGAAAAACAAUGUACAUACCUUAACUUAAAAAUAUUUUGUUGCUAAAAAAUGCUAAUCAUCUGAGCCUUCAACAAGUCAUAAUCUUUUUGCAAUAGUAACAUCAAAGAUCACUGAUCACAGAUCACCAUUAACAAAAUAGUAAUGAAAAAGUUUGAAAUAUUGUGAGAAUUACCAAAAUGUGACACAAAGACACAAAAUGAGCAAAUGCCACUGGGAAAAUAGCACCAGUGGACUUGUUCAACACCAGGUUGCCACAUAUCUUCAAUUUGAAGAAAAAAAAACCUAUCUGCGAGGGGCAGCAAAGGAAAGCACAGUACAAGAAAUGAGUGUGGUCUAUUGUGGUUUGAUCAGCGGCUUGCCCUCUGGUGGUCAUUUCAGCAGGAGACCGGCCUGGCAUGCUCUGCAGUUUCCGGAUCCCCGGGGCCUGGUCCUGUGCGUGGUCCCUGAACAUCCAGGCAAAUAACUGCUUUAGUACAGGCUUGUCUCGGCGAGUCCUGGUGACCAGCGUGGUGACGGGACACCGGCAGUCAUUUGGGACCAGCAGUGACGUCUUGGCCCAGCAGUUUGCUAUUAUGGCUCCUUUGCUGUUUAAUGGCUGUCGUUCUGGCGAAAUCUUUGCCAUUGAUCUGCGUUGUCCAAAUCAGGGCAAGGGCUGGAAAGCCACCCGCCUGUUCCACGACUCGGCAGUUACCUCUGUGCAAAUCCUGCAAGAAGAGCAAUGCCUGAUGGCAUCUGACAUGGCUGGAACGUGGGCCAGGACUGCUACACGAGAAUCUGGAGCCUCCAUGAUGCCCAGCUGCUCAGAACCAUACCCUCCCCACACCCCACUUCCAAGGCCGACAUUCCCAGUGUGGCCUUCUCUUCUCGGCUUGGGGGCUUCCGGGGAGCGCCAGGGCUGCUCAUGGCCAUCCGGCAGGACCUUUACUGCUUCUCCUACAGCUAAUUCUGCAGGUUGCAGCCUGGAGGGACGUGGAUGUGACUCAGGGGAGCAUAGGCCUACAGCUGAUAAUUGCAUCUCACUGUUGCUAGCCCAGGAUGCUUCACCAAUUAAACUCUCUUCGGUUACCCCCUUGAGUGUUACGCAUCUGUGUCCUGCCAGAACCCUACUACAACUUAAUGUACAGAGAGAGAAAUCCAAAAAACAUGAGAGUAUCAGAUUGGUCAUCUGGUGGAUGAGCAAUAUGUUACAACAAAUAUUUUUAGUGCCUUAGGUUUUAUAAAUAACUUUCCUCCAUUGUAGCUGACUUGAUCCUUAAAACAACAUAUGAAGGAGGUAGGACAGUAGUAAUAAUAUAAAAAUUAUUAGCAUCAUUUUCUGGGCACAGAGAAAUUGAAUGACUUGCCUCAGAAUGCAGACCUGUUAAGUGGAGAGCUGGGACUUGGAACCAGAAGAGAUCACGUUCUCUACUUUCCAUACUUCUCCAUUUGCUGGCAAUACUUGUGUAUCACACACAGCUAGUGCUAAGGAGAAAUCACAAAGUGGCGUGGUGCAAGUGUAAACAUGCAGUACUAACAUUUCAUAUUUAAUUGCUAAGUAAAUGAAUUUUUCU